AUGUUGCUUCCAUGUAAAAUAUACGUGAAGCUCAGUUGGUUAGAGCGUCGUGCUAAUAACGCGAAGGUCGCAGCCGAACCAUUAAUCGCUUUCCAGAAACGCGUUACUCAUCUUCUUCUUCGCGACUCUGCAUCAGCUCCAAAUCUCCAACCACAAUCGAUUAUUCAUUCAAUCAUGGUUUGCUUGUUUUGCUUGUUGCCCCUUUUCCUCGUUCCGAUCGUGAACGUAUUGCCGAUUCUCUUCUACUAUGUUCUGGGAAAAGUAUAUCGGCUUUUAGGAUGGGAGUUUAGGAAACCGGAGAUUGUCCCUCCAUCAUGUCCUUAUAAGCCUGCAUCCAAAGCGGAGAGUAAAGUUGAAGCAGAAGCUGUUCCGGCUAUAGAACCUGUUAAAGCUGGAGGAGUAGAUGUCAAGCAGGACUAA